AUGGUUUUAAGAAGAAAUUUAGAACAAGCAUUAAAAGACUUGGAAACUAGAAUUAAGGAAUUAGAACAAAAUAACGAAGGGUUACGAUUACAAUUCAAAAAUUUAGAGGAAAAGCCAUAG